CUCUCUCAUUUGCCAUCUCUCACCCUCUCUGCCCCUCUCCCUCCCUCCCUCUCUUUCUCUCACCCUCUCACCACUGCUCCCCCUCUCUUUCUGUGGCGCACUUUCACUUUCUGCCUUGUUUACCUUCUCUCACUCUUGGCCCUCCCUCCUUUCUCUAGAACAGAGUAGGGUGCACACAGUGCACACGCUCAACCUCCUACUGUCUCUCCUACUUCGUUUUUCUCUCACUUUGCCUGAGUCUCCCAUGGCUGACUGUCUCUCUGUCUUCAGUGAAGCUGGCGCUGUCUCUCUGUCUGUGUGUCUGUCCCCUGUGUGCAGCACAUGUUGAAGAGCUUCCCGUGGUGUGCCUACUGGGUAGGCUUGGGUAACCUGUCCUCUGUGGGACUGGGGACUGGCAUGCACACCUUCCUCCUGUACCUGCAGUGCGGAGCGGAAAAAUGGGGGCUGGCUGGCUCAAGAUCUGGGCUCCCAAACAUCUGGGAGUCUUUACGGCUUGUUCUGAGAGCAUUAUUAACACUUAGCCACCCAUCUGUCAUUUGGGAGCAGCGCAGUCACAGUCCCAUUGCAUCGCUCAGUAGAGCUGAACUGGAAACUGUCCUCCAUUCUGUGUCAUGGAGAGCACACUCAAAUGUCAUUUAAGACAUUUUUAUAUUAGAAUUUUUGUUGGGUGACCUGACUUACUUUCCAAGACGCCUGUCUGUUUCAAAGGAGGACGUCGCCAUCUUAUGGCCUUAUUGAUGGAUCAGUAGAUUUUCAGUGCUGUUUGAGGAAUCCGUUCAAGUUUCCUGCUUUUGAAUGUGGAGCUGAUUAAGACAGCUGGAUUUAUGGGGGCUAUUGCAGGGGAUGAAUUGAGUCAUUGUGAGUUUGUGCUCCCCUACCCACAGAGGCCUCGGUAGAACCAUAGAUUUAUGGUUAGAACACUGCUCCUUCUCUAAUCUAUCUUGUCCAUGUUCACUUCUACAGGAAAUGUUCACUACUACAGGAAACCAUAUGAAUGUUUGUUAUGAUUUUUGCAAUGUUUGUUGGUUGCAGCGACCUGUUUAUAGAAACGUUUGUGGUCAUACGCACAUCCUUAAAAAUGUAGGUGCUGGGCUAAUAAAGAAUACUUGUAAAGAACCGGAAGGCUCGCACACUGUUUAUGCUUCCCCAAUUCACCGCUUUAUUGUCAACGUGACUUGUUUCCCCUUUCUAGAUUACGGUCCUUCUUCUUCACAAUGGUUGAUGCAGCUUUCCUGCUUGGGUUGAGGGGGUUCACUGUGAACCCAUGCCCUUUACCUUCUGUGAGCAAUAGAUGGCGACAUUUGUCAGUGAAUGUGAGUCAGACGCUGCAUGCAAAUGUAUGUAGCUGUACUGGCCAUGUUCGAGAGGAUCAAAACUGUAAUGUAUCAUGGGUAAAUUGUGACUGAUUGAUCUACAAAUAAUAAUGAGUAGGUAUUUUAGAUGCAAGGUACAUUGCAGAUCACUCAGUCAACAGUCGCCUGCAUUGUUAAACAAGCUCACCCAGCAAACCAAAAUUGGUUAGGUCAUGCAAAUGUACUCAUAACACAUAAACUGUCCCGUUGAUGAUGAUUAUAGAAUGUUUGUAUAAAACAUUUGCCUGAUGUUGCAAGAAUGUUCCUCAAACAAAUGUCAUCUGUUCUUCAAAGGUUCCCAGAAUGUUUCAUUAGGGUGUGGGUACAGUCUGGUGAGAAUAUUGUGGGCACAUCACAAAAGAUAUGUUUCAUUAGGGUGUGGGUACAGUCUGGUGAGAAUAUUGUGGGAACAUCACAAAAGAUAUGUUUCAUUAGGGUGUGGGUACAGUCUGGUGAGAAUAUUGUGGGCACAUCACAAAAGAUAUGUUUCAUUAGGGUGUGGGUACAGUCUGGUGAGAUUAUUGUGGGAACAUCACAAAAGAUAUGUUUCAUUAGGGUGUGGGUACAGUCUGGUGAGAAUAUUGUGGGAACAUCACAAAAGAUAUGUUUCAUUAGGGUGUGGGUACAGUCUGGUGAGAAUAUUGUGGGAACAUCACAAAAUAUAUGUUUCAUUAGGGUGUGGGUACAGUCUGGUGAGAAUAUUGUGGGAACAUCACAAAAGAUAUGUUUCAUUAGGGUGUGGGUACAGUCUGGUGAGAAUAUUGUGGGAACAUCACAAAAGAUAUGUUUCAUUAGGGUGUGGGUACAGUCUGGUGAGAAUAUUGUGGGAACAUCACAAAAGAUAUGUUUCAUUAGGGUGUGGGUACAGUCUGGUGAGAAUAUUGUGGGAACAUCACAAAAUAUAUGUUUCAUUAGGGUGUGGGUACAGUCUGGUGAGAAUAUUGUGGGAACAUCACAAAAGAUAUGUUUCAUUAGGGUGUGGGUACAGUCUGGUGAGAAUAUUGUGGGAACAUCACAAAAGAUAUGUUUCAUUAGAGUGUGGGUACAGUCUGGUGAGAAUAUUGUGGGAACAUCACAAAAGAUAUGUUUCAUUAGGUUGUGGGUACAGUCUGGUGAGAAUAUUGUGGGAACAUCACAAAAGAUAUGUUUCAUUAGGGUGUGGGUACAGUCUGGUGAGAAUAUUGUGGGCACAUCACAAAAGAUAUGUUUCAUUAGGGUGUGGGUACAGUCUGGUGAGAUUAUUGUGGGAACAUCACAAAAGAUAUGUUUCAUUAGAGUGUGGGUACAGUCUGGUGAGAAUAUUGUGGGCACAUCACAAAAGAUAUGUUUCAUUAGGGUGUGGGUACAGUCUGGUGAGAUUAUUGUGGGAACAUCACAAAAGAUAUGUUUCAUUAGGGUGUGGGUACAGUCUGGUGAGAAUAUUGUGGGAACAUCACAAAAGAUAUGUUUCAUUAGAGUGUGGGUACAGUCUGGUGAGAAUAUUGUGGGAACAUCACAAAAGAUAUGUUUCAUUAGAGUGUGGGUACAGUCUGGUGAGAAUAUUGUGGGAACAUCACAAAAGAUAUGUUUCAUUAGAGUGUGGGUACAGUCUGGUGAGAAUAUUGUGGGAACAUCACAAAAUAUAUGUUUCAUUAGGGUGUGGGUACAGUCUGGUGAGAAUAUUGUGGGAACAUCACAAAAGAUAUGUUUCCGAAACACAAAAACUGUCCAGUUGUGCAGAUGAUUCUACAAUAUUUAUUUAGGGUGCAAAAAACACCUGAUGUCACACGGAUGUUCCCAGAAUAACAUCUGUUCUUUAGAGGUGCCAAGAAUGUUUCAUUAGGCUGUGGGAACAUUGUGUGUAUAUGACGAGAGAGGUUCCCAAAACACAAAAUAUGCCCAGUUGUGAUGACAUUCCUAUAAUGUAAGAAUGUUGUCAGAACACCUGGUCUAACUUCUUUAAAGGUUCCAAGAAUAUUAUAUUAAUUCAUGGGAGUUGUCUGGGAUGUUGCACG